AUGGAUGUCGACCUUACACUUGACCUGGCAGGGGAGAUAGAGAUGCCACCAGUAGUACUCGACGACGACCUGGAUACAUCGGAGACGCCGACACGUCGGGGUUCACCCAUCUGUCUGGCCGGACCAGGGGAAGGGGGUUGGCGCCUGCUUCCGGGGGAUACAAAGGGGAUGGAUAUAAGGGACUCGAUGUUGCGCGCAGAUGACGAGGCUGAGGCGCUCCUCGAUUCACAACUUGUCCUUCACCACCGCGUCAUAUCAAUGGAACCAUCCCUCAGAAUCGUCCCAGCCACUGGCUCCAAGUCUGCCUCGAUCAAGGAUACCACGAACUCCUUGGGACUUCACGACACCCUUCAAUAUGGCCCUCGCAGUCUUGCAGCUGAAACCAAGUCGCAAAGUGGUCUCAAGGAACGCCUAGAGAACUGGGAGGCUACACAAGAUAAUCUGAAACUGACCUUGGAACGCAACCUCUAUGGAAUGCACGCUCCUCUGCGUCGCCUGAUGGAGCGCAAGAUUGUUUCAAAUACGCCGCAUACGCUCGCGGGACCUCACAACAACCUCCAUCUUGACAUCCUCAUGGGCCGCGACGAGACGAUUGACCCUUCGGACGUGUUCAUGGGCUUGGAGACUGGUCCGAGCUUCGACAUCCACAAGGAAAUCCAGAAGAAAGUCCGUACAUGA